CACUUUGCCCAGUUUCAUUCCCUGCCUAGACGCCACACACCUGCUCGCCUUCGGCACCCUUUUUUAGGAUCUUUAUCCAUUUAGACUGCACAAAAACCGCACUGCACACACUUACACUGUGCCUCCCAGGUUUAUCUUCAAAUUUCCAAGAAGAAGACCACAAUGGCGCCAUCAGUGCUGCAGAAUGGUGGAUUCAUUUUGGGCUUGAUCGGUGCAGCAGCCCUCAUCGCAGCCACUGCUAUGAACAACUGGAGUGUCAAGGACAGGCAGGGGGAAGUGGUGACAUCUGUUUACACCUACAAGGGUCUGUGGCAGGACUGUGAGACGGCUUCCUCUGGAUUCACCGAGUGUCGCCCGCUCUAUGGCAUCCUGGGCUUCUCAGGUGCCUUCCAGGCUGUGCGCGCCCUGAUGAUAGUUGGUGUGGUGCUGAGUGUGCUCGGGGCCGUGAUGUCAGUCUUCUCCCUGACCUGCCUCACAAUGAACAGCAUGGAGGACACCACCAAGGCCAAGAUGAGCCUGACCGCUGGCAUCAUGUUUGUCGUCGCCGGUGUGUGUGGGAUUGCAGGCGCUUCUAUCUACGCCAAUCAGAUCGUGGCCAGUUUCAGGAUGUCAACCUACUCCAACUACGGCGGAGGAGGAAUGAUGGAGGGAGGGAUGGGGAUGGGGAUGGGUGGAGGAGUAGGAGGCGGAGUGGGAGGAAUGCCCAGAUACACAUUUGGCCCUGCACUGUUCAUAGCCUGGAUAGGAGGUGGCGUCCUGAUUAUUGGUGGCAUCCUGAAGUCAGUGGCUUUCAAGGAAAUGGUGAAAGAUGAAAAGCCUCGUUAUCCUGGGGUUGCCUACAAACCUCAGUCCCGCACCAAAACUGACCCGGGUGAUCAGCAUUCAGAGGGCGGCAAGAGAGACCAGAACUACGUGUAAACUGAUACACAGCCUCAGCACUGACAGUCUGUUUUUGCUAUGGUGUGCGCUUUUUAGCUUUUCACAUGCAGCAUUCUUCUAUGGGAUAUCUCGCUCUCUUUUUUUUU